CGCGCGCAUGCGCAGACCCGUCCACCUGCCUCCGCGAGGGGAGCCGCGAGGGGGCGCCGUACCAGCCGGCUCAUGGCGUCCCCCACUGGCGGCUCCCCGGGCCUCCUACUCUGGCUCCUGCUCCUCCAGCCGCAGCUCAGUGGGGCGCGGGGCAGGUUGGCGCCAUCCCCACUCUCCCCUUCGCCCUUGGGAGGCGGCCACGAGGACCCCGAUGCCACCGUGUGGAGGGUUGCGGGACCGUCUACGCCCCCCGAGCCCCAAGAAUCUGUCCCAGUCUCCCAGUUGGUGGGAUUGAUCCCAGGGUGUGGCCAGGUAAAUGCGAAAAUCUUGGGAGGACAGGAGGCUGAAGACGGGAAGUGGCCCUGGCAGGUGAGCGUGAGGAUCAGAGGCAAGCACGUGUGCGGAGGUUCCCUCAUCACACAGCAGUGGGUACUGACUGCAGGCCACUGUAUUUUAAGCCGUUUCCACUAUGAUGUCAAAAUGGGAGAUCGGAGUGUCUAUAAAGAAAUCACAAGUGUGUUGGUCCCCGUCCGAGACAUCAUUGUCCACCCUCAGCUCUCAGUAGUUGGAACCAUUCAAAAGGACCUUGCCCUUCUCCAGCUCCUCUACCCUGUAAACUUCACCAUGACCAUCCAGCCUAUAUGCAUCCCUCAGAAGACUUUCCGGGUGGAAGCUGGGACCACGUGCUGGGUGACCGGUUGGGGCAGAAAAGAAGAAUAUGGUGGCGACCUUAUUACCUCUGUUCUCCAUGAGGUCGACCAAGACAUCAUCCACCAUGAAAAAUGUAAUGAGAUGAUUCAGAAAGCCAUGAAAACAACUAGGGAUGUCGUAUUGGAAGGAAUGCUCUGUGGCUAUAAAGGUGCAGGAAAGGAUUCGUGUCAGGGAGACUCUGGGGGCCCUUUGGUCUGUAAAUUUAAGGACACAUGGGUCCAGGUGGGACUUGUGAGCUGGGGCUUAGGCUGUGGUCGUGGAAAUGUGCCUGGAGUUUAUACAGACAUUGCUGCCUACUCUAAGUGGAUAGUUGAAGUGAUAAACCAGGCUGCCUCUUUGUAUCCAGUGGUGUUCCUCAUUCCACUUCUGUGCCUGGUGCUGCCCCUGGGCAUCCUCGUGGCCCCGUGGCACCUCCCGGGCCUCAUGGCCGCCUCGCCGCCACCCAGCUGCGCUGGAGCCUCGGGGCCCUGGGGCCUGAGCCGCCGCCUCCUCCUGCUGCUGCUGCUGCCGCUGCUGAACUCGGGUGAGGAUGGCGCCAGCCUCCUGCCGCCCUGGCCUCCCUCAGGUGCCACCCGCCCUGCCGCCUCCUGGGGACCUGCAGGGCGGAGGACCCCCUGCAUUUCCUCUCUCCCCAUGCGCAGCCACUUCCUCCCCAGCCCACGCGGGCCUGGUGGCCGAGACCGAGCCGCCCUCCCGGGCGUGGUCGGGCCUCCCCGACCCCAGGCCGCUGCGCAGGCGCUGCAGGCCAGAGGCGCGUGGUCUCCGCGCGUUGAAACCGGGAUGCCACGCCCCCUCUUCUGCCCCCGGCCCACUCCUCCCGUUGGCGCCCCUCUUGUCUUCCGAAGACGCAGGCCCCCAGGUUAUAAAGAAAACAAUUCCAUACCAGGUGGGGAGGGUGAGCCCCUGCGCCAGGAAAACCUCAGCUCCUGGGAGGUUUGUGGCAGACCCUGGUGGUCGGAAGAUUUGGACAUGACCCGACAUUGGCCCUGGGAGGUGAGCCUCCGGCUGGAAAAUGAACACAUAUGUGGAGGGGCCCUCAUUGAUCUCAGCUGGGUGGUGACUGCUGCCCACUGCAUCCAAGGCACCAAAGAGUACUCCGUGAUUCUCGGCACCCCCAAGCUGAAGCCCGUGGACUUCCCGAAGGGCGUCUCGAUCCCCGUGAAGGACAUCAUCAUGCAUCCCAAGUACUGGGGCCGGACCUUCAUCAUGGGUGAUCUUGCCCUUCUCCAGCUUCAGACUCCCGCCAUCUUCGGCAAGUACGUGCAGCCCAUCUGCCUGCCAGAGGCCAGCUACAACCUGAAGGUUGGGACGCAGUGCUGGGUGACUGGCUGGGGCCAGGUGAAGCAGCGCUUCUCAGCCAACUCCACGCUGACCCCAGAGCUGCAGGAAGCCGAGGUGUUUAUCAUGGACACCAAGAGGUGCAACCGGAUUUACCGCAAGAAGUCCCUCAUCCCCCACCUUGUCCCCCUCGUCCUGGGGAACAUGAUCUGUGCCACCAAUUAUGGAGAAAACUUGUGCUCUGGGGAUUCUGGGGGUCCGUUGGCUUGCGAAGUCGAGGGCAAAUGGAUUCUGGCUGGGGUGUUGUCCUGGGAAAAGGCUUGUGCCAAAGCGCAGAAUCCUGGCGUGUACACCCGUGUCACCAAAUACAGCAAAUGGAUCAAGCAGCAAAUAAGUAAUGGGGCUCUCUCAGGCCCCCAAACCUCUGCCUGCCUUCUACUCCUGUUCUGGCUGCUGCAGCCCCAGAUGGGCCCCUGAUCUCUCUUCUCUCUUCUCCCUGCUUUGCCUGUGCUUUAUGGGUCCAGGUCAAAGUUAGACCCAGUUCCUGUGUCGGUAUUCAACAAGAGUCAAGGUGGGGAGAGUGGCCCCCGGGGGGAUGGGGCCCUGCUUUGGCCUCCCCAUGGGGAGGGAUGCGGUGGAUGACUAGGCCUUGGGUGACCAGGAAAAGGGACGUGUGGCCUGGAAGAGCUCUGGAAUUGGGGACCAGGAUAGCCGAGAUUAAAUUUGUGCAAAUGUGA